CAAAGCAUGAAAAUUGAAAUUUCACCGAAAGUCCAAAACAGACAAAGUGCGUAAAACUGGUGACAGCAGUCUUCGCAGGUGACGGUGUUUUCCAUUUCAACUUUCAAUUGUUUCCGUGUUAGCAAAAGAACAAAUCCAAAUCAAAAUUCAGAAGCAGAAGAAGAAGAUUUCAGAAGAAGAAGAAAAGAUGGUAAUGGCUGUGGCUAGUGGUGACUUGCUGAGUGAGAAAGCUUCGGCUAUGAGAGCGUCUCUGGAGAGAAGCCAGACCAUCACCGACGACGUCGUUUCGAUUCUGGGCUCCUUCGACCACCGCCUUUCCGCCCUGGAAACCGCCAUGCGACCUACCCAGAUCAGAACACAUUCUAUUAGGAAAGCGCACGAGAACAUUGAUAGGACUUUGAAGUCUGCAGAGGCCAUAUUGGCCCACUUUGAUCAAUAUUAUCAGGCAGAAGCAAAAAUAAUUAAAGGUCCACAUGAAGAUGUGAAGAGCUAUCUUGAAGCAAUUGAUCAGCUGCGACGAAACAUUAGAUUUUUUAACAAUAAAAAGGGUUUUAAGAAUGAUGAUGGUAUUGCCAUCCGUGCCAAUAAUUUGAUAGCCGAAGCUAUUUCUAAGCUAGAAGAAGAGUUUAAGCGUCUAUUAUCGUCUUACAGCAAACCUGUGGAGCCUGAACGCCUCUUUAGUUCUCUUCCAAACACAAUGCGACCUUCAUCAGCAUCACCAGGCCAUGAUGAUGAUUCCAGCAGCAAGAAUCAUUCUUACAUGCAUUCUGAGCCACAUAAAAAUAAUGCCGAUACUGUUGUAUACACACCUCCUGUUCUUAUACCACCAAGAAUAUUGCCGUUGCUCAAUAAUUUAACUGAGCAAAUGGUUCAAGCUGGUCACCAACAACAGUUGCUCAAAAUAUACAGAGAUACCCGUUCUAAAGUAUUAGAAGAAAGCCUACAAAAGCUUGGAGUUGAGAAGCUGAACAAAGAUGAUGUUCAAAAGCUACAAUGGGAGGUUUUGGAAGCCAAAAUUGGAAACUGGAUUCAUUUCAUGCGUAUUGCUGUCAAAUUGUUGUUUGCUGCCGAACGGAAAGUCUGUGAUCAGAUAUUUGAAGGAUUUGACUCGCUUGGUGAUCAGUGUUUUGCUGAAGUAACUACAAACAGUAUUUCCAUGCUGCUUAGUUUUGGAGAAGCUAUUGCCAAAAGCAAGAGAUCACCUGAAAAGUUAUUUGUGCUUUUGGACAUGUAUGAAAUAUUGCAAGAAAUCCAUUCAGAGAUUGAAAUACUCUUUAAAGGCAGAGCUUGCUCCAAAAUAAGAGAAGCUGUAAUGGGUUUGACAAAACAGCUUGCACAAACAGCCCAGGAGACCUUUGGAGAUUUUGAAGAAGCAGUUGAAAAAGAUGCUACAAAGACUGCAGUAACUGAUGGAACUGUCCAUCCUUUGACAAGCUAUGUGAUUAACUAUGUGAAGUUUUUAUUUGACUAUCGGUCUACCUUAAACCAACUUUUCCAAGGGAUUGAAGGUGAAAGUGAUUCUUCACAGUUAGCUUCUGUGACCAUGAGAAUAUUGCAAGCUCUUCAAACCAAUUUAGAUGGGAAAUCUAAGCAAUAUAAAGACCCUGCUUUGACACACCUAUUUCUCAUGAACAAUAUUCAUUAUAUUGUCAGAUCAGUUCGAAGGUCUGAAGCGAAGGAUUUGAUGGGGGAUGAUUGGAUACAACGACAUAGGAAAAUUGUGCAACAGCAUGCCAAUCAAUACAAAAGAAAUGCUUGGGCAAAGAUUCUUCAAUCCCUCUCUAUUCAGGGCCUCAUCUCAUCAAGUGGUGGCGGUAGUACUGCUGGUGGUGAUGGUGGCAGUAGUGGUGCUUCAAGAGCAGUUGUUAAAGAAAGGUUUAAGGCAUUCAAUACUAUGUUCGAGGAACUUCAUCAGAAACAAUCUCAGUGGACAGUACCAGACACAGAGUUGCGAGAAUCUCUCAUUCUUGCAGUUGCUGAAGUCUUGUUGCCUGCCUAUAGAUCAUUUGUGAAACGUUUCGGGCCUCUGGUGGAGAAUGUAAAGAGUAGUCAGAGGUACAUCAAAUACAGUGCUGAAGAUCUAGAGCGAAUCCUAGGUGAAUUUUUUGAAGGAAAAAACAUGAAUGAUUCCAAGCGGUAAUAGUGUGAAGAUUUUACAUUGCCCUAUAUAUCUAUAUGUACUUUUAAUGUCUUAAUUUUAUCCCUUUUGAGAUGCAUAUAUGUAAUAAGGCAUACCCAUUCAAAUUCAAGAGGGAGUUUCUUCCAUUUUUCAUUUUUUGAUGACCCUAACUUAUUGUACAAUAGAAACAAGCUAUAUGCACAGAAGUGAUGGGAUCUAUAAGUAACAUAA